AUGCUUCAUUAUCUUGUUAUCCUUUCUUACUCAGGAUCUCAUUCUUAUCUAGAUAAUGAAACCAUUAUCGGAUAUGCAAAUAAUAUUGGUAUUCAAGGUGCCCCUUCUGAGGAUAUCUUUCUUUUAUCAAUUCCAUUUUUUAACACUAUUCAGGUUAAAGAUAGAGUUAAACCAAAACUUUCCAUAUCAGAUAAAGUUAUUGCUAACAACGGGAUUGAUAUCGGAUUUCAUCUUUAUUUUGAUCAUGACCAAUCAAAUAUUGAACUUGCAACUAUGAAUAUUACAUCAGCUGAUACAGAAAUACUUAAAAAUCUAAUAAUUACCCACAAAAACUAUCAAAUAACAAUUGAUCAGAAUACAAAAUUUGUUCCAAUUGGAACAACGAAUCAAUCAGAACUCAAAUUAUACACAACAUUCUAUUUUACGAUAUACACUAAUGGAAUGCAGAUUGUUGAUUUCACUUUGAAUUUGUCAAAUUUAACAGAAGUUAAACCAUCUGAUCAAAUCAAGUUUGUUUAUUCUACAAAAUACAUACAAGGGCGUCCUCCGACACCUAAUACGAACAAUGAUUAUUUCGUUGAUCAUCUUUUGAGAAAAUAUGCUUCAAUCUGUAGUAUUGUUCAAGCAUUACUAUUUAUUUCAUUAGUAAUAACAAUAUACAAUCAAAUGAAAUCGGAAUUCGAACAUCCUUCUACUCAUAAUGAAGAUUUCGAUCUUUUGAUGACUUCUGACAAAGGAUGGAUGCUGUUACAUGGAGACAUGUUUUAUGCUCCUCAAUAUCAUUUUUUACUCGCUAAUUUUGUUUCUCAUGGAAUGAGUUGCUUAAUCACAUUAAUAUCCGUAACUUUUUAUGCAUAUGCAUUUAACAAGGACCAUAAUUCUACCCGCUAUAUACAAGCUUUCAUAAUUGCAUAUGUAUUUUCAUCAAUAAUUUCAGGUUGGUUUUCAUCAUCAUUAUCAAUUCUAUUUUCUGAUAAGAAAUGGCUUAGAAUUGUUCUGUCAUCAGUUAUAUUACCAUUUACUUGCUAUUUAAUGAUUUUAUUAUCAAUUAAUUUCUUUACAAACUAUUCAUCACCAUAUUCCAUUUCUUUAUCCACAGUUACGAUGCUUAUAUCAUUUAUAUGUUUCCCAUGUCUCUUUAUUUCAACAAUUUCAGGAGCAAUAUCUUAUAAAUAUAAUUUGCAAAGAAAUAGCUUUGAUACAGCCCUUGUACCACACACAAUACCUCCGCAACCAUGGUACUUGUCUGGAUUUUCAGGCUGCAUUUUUAUAACAAUUUUUGUUUGUUCUUCAAUUUUACCGGAAUUAUUCUAUCUGAAUAAUUUCAUUUGGCUUAAGAAACCAUGUGACUCAUUCGCAGGACUUUUUAUAUCUACAUUGACGUCAAAUAUUGUUGCAGCUUGCGCAUCUAUUUGUUUUAUAUACUUUAGAAUACAUAAUGAGAACUAUCAUUGGCAAUGGAUCUCAUUUGCUGCUCCGGCAGCAGCAAUGAUUCCAAUUUUUAUUUAUUCACUUUAUUUUUAUUUAUUUAAGUUUGAAAUCAGAUCAUAUAUAAGUGCAACUGUUUUCUUAACAAGAUCAUUGCUCAUUUCUUUGAUGUUUGGGUUAUCUUAUGGAGGAAUUGGAUUUAUUUCUACAAAGAACUUUAUUAAUUUCAUUUUCUCAAAUGCCAAACUUGAUUAG